UUACCUUUCGUGCUCUUGGCAUAGAGCCUACCGUCGGAGAUUUCCGACGGUUUUAUCAGAUGACGGUGUUCAUGGGGUUCUUUUCUUUCCGUCAACGAGACGGUACCCCGAAGCUGAUGACUCCCCCUAAGGGGAUGACGAUGUGGAAGAAGAAGUUCUUCUAUAUCAAGUCUGCUGCCCUUGCUGUGGAUAUGACGUUUCGGAAUGUGACCGAGACGAUCAUAGCAGAGACCAUUGCGAUGCCCAGUUUGAAAUCAGUGCAAUGGUUCCCGCAGCUGCAGACUAUUGAGUCUGUGAAGUUGACCAACACGCAACUAUGGCUGUUGCGUAUGAUGUUGAGGAGGGGCAAGAACUCGAAACCCGUGGUGCGGGAAAAGAGCGGUGAAGAUGCUCCCGCAUGGAGGAUGUUUGCUCCGGAUUUCGAGGGUACGGUUGAGACCGUAGUUUGUGCGGAUGGUGAACAGGAUCACAACACUAUCAUCCGUAGUAACUUCCGGGUGCCUACUGCGGCUGCACUGGCAGUUGAGUUGCCAGUAGGCAAAGGUGAUCUUGGGGCCUUGGGGGACCCUGAAGCGAAAGGUGUGCCAAAGAGGCAAACUAAGAGGCGGCUGCGGGAGGGACAGCUGCGGGUCCCCCUGUGCUUGGUGAGAAGAGGAGGCCAGAGCAGAAAGCUGCUGGUGGUGUUGAAACCAAACGUCAGAGACUAG